UAAACAGUAUGGGCCUGUUCGUCUAAAUGAUGUUCUGAAACAUUUUUAUCUUGACGCCCGUAAACCAGACGGAGAAAUGUAUAAAGUAAAUUCACUGGAUUCAUUCCGAUACUCUCUAAAUAGAUAUCUAAAGGCUCCCCCUUUUUUAAAGGAAUUUGACAUUAUGAAACACGAAGCUUUUAAUGAAUCAAAUCAAGUAUUUAAAACCGCCCUUACAGAAUUAAAAGCCAACGGAAAAGGAGCCACACAGCACUUUCCAAUAAUAUCAGAAAUUGACAGGACAAAAUUGUACUCUUCAACUUUUAUGCAAACAAACUCCCCUACUGGAUUAUUAAACAAGGUACAAUUUGACAUACGAAUGUACUUCUUUAGACGAGGGGCUGAAAAUAUGGAUAAGAUGACAAAAGACACCUUUGUAGUUAAAACAGAUCCAAAAACAAAAACAAAGUACGUGACAAAAGAAAUAGACGAACUUACCAAGAAUCACCGCUUCAAUGACAAGGAAAAUGUCACUGCAAUUAUGCCAGAGCAACCUGAUAGUCCGUCCUGUCCAGUGGCAGCUUUUCAAAAAUACAUUUCAAAAUUAAAUCCUAAUUGCAACAGGUUAUGGCAAAGACCACUGGGAUCCUUCUAUGAAGAUUCUGCUUCUUGGUACUGUAAUUCUCCAGUUGGUCGUGACACUUUGGCUCAAUUUAUGAAUAAGUUAAGUAAACUUUGUUCAUUAUCACAAGUUUACACAAACCAUUCAAUUCGAGCGACCGGUGCAACAAUUCUUACUGAAAGCAGGUACUUUGCUGAUGCACAAAUCAUGUCUGUCACUGGCCACAAAAGUGUGUCGAGUUUGGCAAUAUAUCAAAGAACUUCCGACAAGGCAAAAUUUCAAAUGGGACAAAUAAUUGAUGCUGCAAUGAAUGGAAGAGAUCCUGAAAUAAAUGCCUUACCUGCCCCAAAUCAACAACUAACAUUACCUUCGCCUGUUCAACCGUUCGCACUUCCCACUUCGUCUAGAUCCUCAACAAUGGCGUCCACUUCACAAGUAACGCAAAUGACAGAGUUUAGAAAUCAGCUCUCUGGAAUAAACUUUAAUGAGUUGUUCAGCAACUAUGACACUGUUCCACAAAUGCCAGUUUUUCAUGGUUGUUACAUUGGAUCCAUCAACAUUAAUAUGAACAACAAAUAA